AUUUUUUAUUUCUUUUUGGGCUGUGAAAUGCUAAAACACACAAUCUCUGUGAACUGUGAGAGUGAUCGAUUCAGCUCUCGUUUCAAUUUCCGGGUUUCAUUUGAUCGAAUGUGCAGUCGCAUUUGGCUGCUCAGCUGAAUUCUAGCUUCAAGACAACCCCCAGAAGCAGCCGAGCUCUCUCUCACUCUUAGACUCAGAGUAAUCUCUCUGUUGUUUUCUUCCUCGUUUGUUGUUUGGGAACACUGGGGUACACUGGUAGAUACAUCAACUUUACUGCCGAAAUGAUGGAACAUUCUGGUGGUGAUGACAGUGAUGAGAAUUGGAAUACAGAUGAUGAACUUGAGAUCGAUAACUUCCAAUCUUCUCCUGUACAUUCUAUGUCUGAAACCUCAGUUGGACCUGCUGAUGCAACCUCGCCAAAUUUAAUCCAGAAGGGUAUCUCUGAUGAGACGUUUGCUAGUUUUAUUGAGAUGGGAUUUUCAAGUGAAAUGAUUGCUAGAGCAAUUGAAGAAACCGGUGGAGAAAACUCGGAACCUAUGCUGAUUCUUGAAACUCUCUUCAAGUAUUCUACAAGCACUGAACCUAGUUCUUCAAAGUCCAAAAUUAUCAAUGAUCUUACUGGGAUGGGGUUUCCUGAAGAAAACGUGAUAAAAGUUUUACAAGAAUAUGGAGACGAAAAUAUCGAUGAGAUAACAAAUGUGCUUCUUACUUAUGAGGAGGUAGAGAAAAUGUCCAAAUCAAAAGACGAGAGCAUCAACAUUAAUGAUGAUGACAAUAUCUAUUCAUUAUCCUCAGAUGAAGAGGAGGAUAAACUAAACUACUCACAUGAAACUGGUAUACUGCAAGAUUUGAUCAAGAUGCAGUAUUCGAGGGAAGAGGCUGCUAAAGCUAUAGAGAGAUGUGGAGAAGAUGCAAGUGUGGAAGAGGUCGUAGACUUCAUUUGUGCUGCUCAGAUGGCACGGCAGUUCGAUGAGUUUUUUGCAGAACAUGAUAAAAAAGAGCUUAUAACUAACAGCAAAAAGAGGCGAGUAUACAAUGAGCCACCAAGAAGAGAGAGAAAGCCGAACACUGCCAUGGCCAAUGACGAGCUCAUCCGUCUACCAAAGCCGAUGACUGGGUUUGGUGUCCCUAACGAACCUGGACUUAUGACACAAAGAACAGUCCCAAUUCCGGAUGUUGGUCGUGGCCCGCCCUACUUUUACUACGAGAAUGUUGCAAUGGCUCCUAAAGGUGUUUGGGCCAAGAUCUCCAGUCACUUGUAUGAUAUCAUGCCUGAAUUCGUGGACUCUAUCUACUUUUGUGCGGCUGCAAGAAAAAGGGGUUAUGUUCACAACCUCCCAAUCCAUAAUAGAUUUCAGAUCCAGCCUCCUCCUCACUGUACUAUCCAAGAAGCCUUUCCAUUGACUAAGAGGUGGUGGCCCAGUUGGGAUAGAAGACGGAAGCUGAACUGUUUGGUUACAUGUAUCGCCAGUGCUCAGCUUACAAACAGACUACGUGAGAAGCUUGAGAACCAUGAUGGAGAGCCACCUCUAAGCGUGCAGAAAGAAAUCCUUGAGAGUUGCAGAAAGUGGAAUCUGGUCUGGGUCGGUAAGAACAAGCUUGCCCCGCUUGAGGCAGAUGAGAUGGAGAAGCUUCUAGGCUUCCCAAGAGAUCAUACUCGAGGAGGAGGUAUUAGUAGAACUGAUCGCUACAAGUCUUUAGGCAACUCAUUUCAGGUUGAUACAGUAGCAUAUCACUUGUCUGCCCUCAAGCCUUUGUUCCCAAAGGGAAUCAAUGUUCUGUCACUAUUCACGGGGAUUGGCGGUGGAGAAGUGGCACUGCAUCGUCUCCAAAUUCGAAUGAAUGUAGUUGUGUCUGUCGAGAUUUCAGAAGUGAAUCGAAACAUCUUGAGUAGCUUCUGGGAGCAGACUAAUCAGACAGGUAUCUUGAGAGAGUUCAGUGAUGUUACAAAGCUAGACAACCAUACGAUUGAGCGACUUAUGGACGAGUAUGGAGGGUUUGACUUGGUCAUAGGAGGAAGUCCUUGCAACAACCUGGCUGGAGGUAAUCGGAUCAGUAGAGUUGGACUUGAAGGAGAUCAUUCGUCACUCUUCUUUGAAUACUGCAGGAUUCUCGAGACUGUUCGCGGCAAAUCAGCACGUAUGAGGAGAUGAAGAAUUUGAAGACCAAGUUUUUCUGAUUUGACAAGUGUUUCAAACUUGUAGUAUUUUGCAGAUUCUUUUUGUGCCUCCUCUAUUACGUAGAAAGGUAGUAGAAGUGAGCAUAUAUAAUAUUGGAUUUUAGGGUCGUAGACAACUAAGUUUUAAACACUACACUAAACCAAAUCGAACCAAUACUAAA